AUGACUGAGUACGGAUUAAGUCCUCCCUGGAAUCGCUCCAGACGUACAUCAGUAGUAGGCCUCCGCAAUCUUCUGCUGUUCCUCGACACACCAUUGGAUGUCUUGAAUUCACCUUCCCUGUCCUCUGGUGACGGUCACCUUGUCGAUAUUGCCGAGAACCAGGACAUCAACAUUGACACAAGCGAGAAAUACCAUGUUCACAACCCGCCUGUUUGCCCCAUCCACCUUGCCCUGCCUUCUUUUGAGCAUUUCGCGGCUGCCAGGUCUCGUGCAUGCAUUUGCAAUUCUUGGAAAAUCGAAAUCUACUUCCAGGAGGGAAGCAGACACCAGUCCAAGUGUUUUCAAUCUCUUGAACUGACUCAGGAUAGGAACAAGAGCCUGAUAAGUCAUCAUUCGACAAUGAGACAACAGACAAGCCAGAAGACUAUCUAUGAUGCGAGGACUGUCCAGGGUUACUUUUCUGAUAGGGGGCAUUACAUCAGAGAUGGAAUAGAAUAUGGUGAAACCCAGUGGUAA